AACAUUUUUUAAGUGGGUUAUGUAAGGACCUUGAUUUCAAUAUUCUUCUUUGCACAACACUCGUGCCUACUGUCGGCAAUAUUUGAUUUCCUCCGAAUUCACUGGCUUUUGGCAACGCGUUUCACUGCCACUUCGUUUGUCCCUCGUUACGUUCCGUUCUGAGUCUGGAAAAAAUGGCGAUCUACCAGUGAGCCACGUUGGUAUUUUGAUAACAUAUUUAUAAUAUAGACAUUUCUUUUAAUACCGAAAAUGAAUAAAAUAAUGUCCGGUCGACACAACAACAAAUUGCCAACCAAUCUGCCGCAAUUGCAGAACCUGAUCAAGAGAGAUCCACAGUCGUACACGGAAGAAUUCCUGCAACAAUAUCGACACUACCAGUCCAAUGUCCAGAUCUUCAAACUCCAGCCUGACAAACCCAACAAGGAGCUGGCAGAUCUGGUCAUGUUCCUUGCUCAGGUUGGACACUGCUAUCUGCAGCAACUUGUCUCCUUCCCUCAGGAGUUGACUGAGAUCCUUAUGAAUCAUCACACAGUCCUCGAGCCUGAUCUACGGAUGACAUUCUGCAAAGCCCUGAUUCUGCUGAGGAACAAAGAUCUGAUUAACCCCACCGGUCUUCUGGAGCUGUUCUUCGAGUUGCUGCGCUGUCACGACAAGCUCCUCAGGAAGACGCUGUACUCGCACAUUGUCCAUGACAUAAAAAACAUCAACUCCAAACACAAGAACAACAAAGUCAACACAACAUUACAGAACUUCAUGUACACCAUGCUGAGAGACAGCAAUCCUCUAGCAGCCAAGAUCUCGCUAGAUGUCAUGAUUGAGUUGUACAAGAGGAACAUCUGGAAUGACGCCAAAACUGUCAACGUGAUCACGACAGCAUGUUUCUCCAAAGUCACAAAGAUCCUCGUGGCAGGCAUGAAGUUCUUCCUGGGUAAAGAUGAAGAUGAGAAGAGGGAGAGUGAUUCAGAAUCGGAGGAGGAAGGUCCGUCGGCUAGAGACCUAAUGGUGAGGUACUCUACAGGGAGGAAGACGUCCAAGAACAAGAAGAAGAUGGAGAAGGCCAUGAAGGUCCUUAAGAAACAUAAGAAGAAGAAGAAGGUAGAGGUUUUCAAUUUCUCUGCCAUCCACUUGAUUCAUGAUCCUCAGGACUUUUCAGAGAAGCUACUAAAGCAGUUGGAAGACUCUAAUGAGCGUUUUGAGGUGAAGAUCAUGAUGAUGGAACUAAUAUCCCGACUAGUUGGGAUUCAUGAGCUCUUUCUCUUCAACUACUACCCCUUCGUACAGCGGUUCAUUCAGCCCCAUCAAAGAGAGGUCACCAAGAUACUACUGUGUGCAGCCCAGUCCUCCCAUCAACUAGUUCCACCUGAGAUCAUCCAGCCGGUCAUCAUGACCAUAGCCAAUAACUUUGUGACAGACAGGAACUCGGGAGAGGUGAUGUGUGUUGGCAUCAAUGCCAUCAAGGAGGUGGCAGCUCGUUGUCCCCUAGCCAUCACAGAAGAGCUGCUUCAGGACCUGGCUCAGUACAAGAUGCACAAAGACAAGAAUGUGAUGAUGUCUGCCAGAGGACUCAUUCAGCUCUUCAGAAGCCUGGAUCCAAAGAUGCUGCAUAAGAGAGACAGGGGUCGACCCACAGAGUUGUCUACCGAGGCUAAGAUCCAGGACUAUGGCGAGAUGGGGGCCAAGACCUACAUCCCUGGAGCAGAGGUUCUGGAGGUGGAGGAGAAAGAGGAGGGAGAAGAGGGGGACGGUGAUGGCUGGGAGAGUGCCAGCAGUAUCAGUGGUGGUGAUGAUGAUGAUGAUGAGGACGGAGAAUGGAUCAAUGUUCACCACUCCUCUGAUGAAGACACCGUGGAAAUGGCUGAGAAGCUGAAGACUAUGGAUCCAGAGGAGAGGAAGGCCAAGGCAGCAGCGGUCAGCUCCAGUCGACUCCUCACUCAGGACGACUUCAAGAAGAUCCGUCUGGCUCAGAUGGCUAAAGAGGUCAACGCUGCCCCGGGCAAGGGACAGAAGAGGAAGAUCGUUGAAGAUGAUGAUGGUGAAAGAGGGGAAAUCCUUACCUUGAGAGACAUUGAAAAGCUGCACAAGAAACCCAAGGCAGACAAGGAAUCCAGACUCGCCACUGCACAGGCUGGCCGCUCGGAUAGGAAGGAGUUUGUGAAGAAGAGGAAGGAGAAGCUGAACCCGUUCGCUUCCACCAGCAACAAGGACAAGAAGAGGAACAAAGACUUCAGGAUGAUGAGACACAGUCGAAACGUACGGACCAAGAACAAGAGAUCCUUCAGAGAUAAACAGAUUGCUCUAAGAGAUGCACUCAUUAAGAGAAAGAAGCAAUACAAAUAGCAGUGUCGCUGUGGACUCUGGUUCCUGAGGAAAUGAUGGCUUCCUUGAACUUGGGCUGUUAAAGGAAGAUGGGGAAUGGUUCAUUUUAACGUGUUAAAUCUUGCUGUCCUUGUUUCUUCUUCUUCUUAGGUAGUAGGCUGUAAUCACACUGCCUUCUAUUAAAAUAUUUACUGUCUAUCGUUUA